CUCACAGUGUACUUUGACUUUGCAAGUAAUAUUUUUCAUCGAAUGUGUUAAAAUUUUAGUUGGAGUGUAUUUAGUGCGUGAUUUUCAAUCAAAAUGAACUCAGUUUUUCGUAAGAAUUUCACUCUAAUUGCCGCUGUAAUUUGCUUAGUGGCCAUCAUACAUGUAUUCCCCGUGGAAGGCAACUCAGAAAAGAGCAUCCCCAUCUCAAAAUUCAGCCAAAAUGUUGGACCUACAAUGACUAUACUUUAUUGCUAUUCCUGUGGCUACCGAAAGGCCUUCGAUGACUACGUGAGCAUCCUAAACGACAAGUACCCAGAGAUUCUUGUCCGGGGAGCAAACUACGAUCCGCCUGGCUUCAAUAUGCACCUCUCCCGGAUUGUGCUGCUGACCAAGCUCAUCCUAAUCGUAGUGAUUGUCUCUUCCUUCGACAUCUUCGGUUUUCUAGGCCAGCCAAUUCCCGGAUGGUGGCGAUGGUGCAUUGAGAAUAAGAUCUAUGCCUGUAUGAUGAUUUUCUUCGUGGGUAAUAUGCUGGAGGCUCAGCUCAUUUCGUCAGGAGCCUUCGAGAUUGCCCUAAACGAUGUACCCGUAUGGUCAAAAUUGCAAACAGGACGCAUUCCGGCUCCUCAGGAACUCUUCCAGAUCAUUGAGAGCCAUUUGCAGUUUAACGAUAAGUUGGGUCAGAAUCCCAACUACGUCAAAUAAGGCACGUGAGAGAGAGGGGGCAUCAUUUCCAUUUUUGUGUCAACCCAUAAAAAUCCUCAGUGUCAUCUCUCCGUUUGUCGUGAUCACCCGUGAAGGAGUUAAAAUAAUUUAAUUUAGAUGGCAACACAACCCCUGUAAACUAUAAAAAAGAAUUGUAUAUGUAACCAAAUUUGGUAGGAAAUCUCUAGAAAUUUGUGUAAAGAAAUCGAGAAUGAGCAGUUAUAUCGCGUACUGAAGAGUGUUUUAUGAUAUUGAAUAAAUGAUAGUGUACAAAAA